AAGGACGCUGCCGCGCCUUUCAACGACCUUCGAGCGGAUGUUAUCCUACGCUCGAAUGACUCUGUGGACUUUCGCGUCUAUAAAAUCAUUCUAUCCCUCGCCUCCCCUAUCUUCGAUGCGAUGUUCUCCUUACCCCCGGGUAAUCCAUCCGCGUAUCGCGUGGACCUGCAGAGAAACGGCGUACCCGUUGUGCUUAUGGAAGAACGCUCGGAUACGCUCGAUCCUAUCCUACGCGCGUGCUAUCCCGGCUGUGCUCCGGAAGUUCACGACCUCAAGGACUUCGCAAACAUUCUCACUGCCGUCGAGAAAUACGAGAUCAAGGCGUUCGACCAGCUUGCCCAGACGGUCAUGCUCCGCCAUCUUGUGGACGCACCUGUGAAAGUAUACGCUCUCGCCUACCGCUUUGGAUUCGACACCAUUGUCCACCUGUCAUCCCGGGCUUGUCUUUCGUUAUCAUACAGCAACAUGACGAGCGAAGAACCUCCGGAAAUCAGUCUCCUUACCUCUUGGCAGUAUCGGAAGCUGCUCCGAUACCACCGUACGUGCGGUGAAAUAGCCAGUCGUGUUGCAACAUCCGAUACAUGGCUCCAGGAAUGUCAAGGAAUGGUG